AGUAUUCCCAUUACUUUGCUCUCUGCACAUCUCCGCUGCGCCAACUCCACUGCCCGCUCAUCUCACAGUUCCAACGCGCAUUCCUUCUCGUCUUUCCACCACACCUAAUAGUCAUUUACAUUCUAUUCCCCUUCUUCUUUACGCAUAACCAUGACGGACAUCGAUAUCAAGACCUACUGCGACGACGCCUCGCUCGGCAAGGAGGCGCCCAAGAUCGACUCGGCACAGCCCAUCAAGGGAGAGAAGAUCGCGAUCGAGGAAGAUAAGACGUACGUGCUGUACUUCUUCAACACCUUCUACCGCGGCGCUGAUGUGUGCAACGACGAGUUCACCGCCCUCGCCGAUGAGCUCGCGGACAAGGUGGAGUUUGUCGCCGUGAGCACCGACGCGGACAUCGCCAAAACGGAGAAGUACCUCGGCAAGGUGAUCGUGGACGAGAACACGAAGAAGCAGCUGCGCCUUGAGCCGGCGCACAUCAUCUACGACGACGGCAAGUCUGUCAGCAAGGCCUACGCGGAUGUGUCGAAUCUGUCCGUGAUGUCCUGCCCGAUGGCCUUCGUGAUCAAGGGCGGGAAGAUCGCGUGGCGCCAGCAGUUUCUGCAGACCUUCACGGUGAACCAGUCCAACCUGAAGGCGCAGAUCCUCCACGUGCUCGCUGGCGAGGAGCUCGAGUCCAACGGCCCUCGCCCGAAGGUGGAGAUCGAGGAGGAGGAGGCCGAGGGCAUGGACGGUGAGAUGUCGCUCUUCUAA